AAUGACUGUUGUGCUGUCUUCCAUGUUGAACUUUGUUUUUGACAGUGUGGGAAAUGUCUGUCUCUAAUGAUGUUCAGCGUGGCUGUAGUGGCAGUAGACAGAACGUGCUGGCAUUAAUGAUGACUGCAGUUACCGUAUAUAAACUGUAAGAUUACUAUUUUGCAGGCCACAAAUGCAAAGAAAAUAUAUAAUAAAACUUAAUUAAAAUACAUUUUGGGGUAAAACCUGAAACUGUUAAUUUAAAACAUUUUCAAAACACAGUUGCACAUGAUUAUUACCUUUAUUGACAAGUUUCUAUUUUGAGGCUUCCGCUGUAGAACUGAUCACAUUAAAAUGGCUUGUCUAACAAUAUGUCUGCUCAUCAGAUUUCACUAGACAGAAUAUCUUAUUUGAUGCAAAGGUCACAGCUCUGUUUAUACGUGCUCGACUAUGAACGACUGUAUAACUCCGGAUCUGUGCUAUCACUGUCACUGUCACUAUCACCAAAUCUGAACUAAUAUAAAAGUCGGACAUGCAAUAACCGCCAUAAAGACAAGCGAUGGACAUGCAGUUUACUGACUACACCAUGGACUUUAAGCCAUUCAUAGCUGAUAAGAACACAUGGAGCUGAAUUGCUGGAAAGACUGAAUUUCCUUCCAACGAUUCAGACACACGCUGUGAAGUUAGCUGAGGUGACAGGUCCAGGGAAAAUCAAAAAGCACCGAGCAAGAAUUCUUUGUCAUGUGUCUGUAGACAUGAAGGCGAUGAUUGUUCUCUCAGUUUUGUUCACAGCUCUGCUGGUCACUGUGUCGUCCUGCACUGAAGGGCAGUUCACUUGCAAAUCUGAAGAAUGUCAGGAUGCUGAAGUGGUGUGUGACUUUAAGUGGGAUUGUAAAGAUGGAUCUGAUGAGGAGUUCUGUGGCACGUGUGACUUUGAGCUUCACUCCUGUGGAUGGAAUUCCAGCUCCGAUGGCUGGAAACGACUGAUGGUAAACACAACGUCCAUACCAGGGGGGGACCACACCACAGGAAAACCAUGGGGACACGUUAUGUACACAAACAAGUCCAAAUCUGACUUGGUAUACUCUGUUGACAAACUACCUGCCCUCGGAUGUCAAAUCAGCUUCUGGUACUACUGCAAUGUUAUAGGUUCAGGAUUUUAUUCAAAUUGCCUUAAACUACUUAUGACCAGAGGUGAUGUGGAAAACGUAUUGCUGGAGGACCGUGCAGAUAAAAUAAACACAUGGACAAUGGCCACAGUCUUUCUUGGUAAUCAGCCAGGUGGAUACAAGCUGCUGUUUUCAACACCAUCCAUUUUUGGAGUUGAUGAUAAUAUGUUGGAUGACAUUCGCUUUGAAAACUGCGGAGAGGGCGAUGUUCCCGCUGAGUCAGAUCGACUCUCCUGUGAUUUUGAGAAGGAUGCAUGUUCAUGGUACCAUGACUACACCGCCAAUCUUUUAUGGAAAAGGUCUAACAGGGAGUUUCAGGAUGACCAGCAGAAGAAUUUCUGCAUGCUUAUCAAGGCUUCAGCCACUCUGAAUGUCUCAUCAACUGCCAGGCUCGUCAGCUACCCUCAACCUAAAGGUCAUAUAUGUGUGAGCUUCAGCUAUCGCAUAUUUGGCAACAGUAUUGGUUCACUGAAGUUCAUAACAAAGCAUCCAGGUGAGGCAGAGGAUGUCAUAUGGAUUAGAAGUGGCACCCAGGGAAACAUAUGGCGUUUUGCUGACCUCACCUUUGAUACUGACAAGCCAAUACAGUUCAUUAUAGAGUCGGUUGUGGGCGGGGAUCAAGGAAUCAUUGAGAUCGAUGACAUAGUGGUGAACAGCACCCCCGAUGGUUCUUGUCCACCUGAAAGAGAGUGCACUUUCCAAGGUUCCCUCUGCGGACUUCAGCCCCAGGUGUCAAACUCCACCUGGAGCCGAGUGAGGGGAGCAGACCUACCAGCCGUGUCAUCAGGCCCUACAGAAGAUCACACUCUGGGGACAGAGGAAGGGUAUUACCUAAGUGCCCAGUUGUGGAAUCACUCCUUGGGGUCAACAGCUGUAGUCAGGACAGCAGUAUUGCCGCCCACUCCCCCUGACGGAGAAUGUCUAAUGUUCUGGUACUACAUGGAGGGAAGUGGAGCGGGUGAACUCACUGUGUACCUUGAGAGCCUGGAUGAGCAGCUCUGGAAGCGAAGUGGAGAUCAGGGAAGACACUGGAGGCAUGGACGAGUGACGCUCCUCAGCCCAGGUUCCGUGUAUCAGGUGAUUUUUGAGGCGACUGCUGGAAAUGAGCUUGAACGAGAUAUUGCCAUCGAUGACCUGACAGUGCUGAAUGGUGCCUGUCCCCCAGAAGGCUUUUGUGACUUUGAGAUGGACCUGUGUGGUUGGGUGAACAAUCCUCCAGCAGAGUCUGGAGUCUACUGGGACUGGCUCUCAGGCCACAGUGCUGGUGUGUUAGUCCCAGAUAGCGACCACUCUACAGGUUCAUCUUUAGGUCACUUUUUGUUUUUCCUUGGCAAUAACAAUAGAAGGAUAGCCUCCCUGGAGAGUGAGACGAUGAUGGCUGUCGAUAAAGCCUGCCUUGAACUCUGGCACUUAUCGAAAGGGUGGGGAAGUGAGCGCCCUUCGACUGUGUUACUUACAGUUUUUCUAAAUGAGUCAAGUGGACUGCGUGCUGUUUAUGAAACAAGAGGAGUUUUGGAUGGGACAUGGAUCCAAAAAAGGGUGGAUUACAGUUCUUUGGAGCCUCACCAGAUUGUUUUACAAGCAACAUUUCCUGGCGGUGUGGAGGAAAUUUUUUCCCUGGAUGACAUCUUCAUCAUUAGAGACCAGUCUUGCAAUGACAGCAUCACAACAACCACCCCUGUCCCUCCCACCGCCACCACCCCGUCACCUCCCUCUGCCAUGGAUUGCACAUUUGAACAAGGUCUGUGUAAUUGGGUCCAAGAGGACAGUGGCAGUUUGAACUGGACUCUGAGCAGUGGACGUCUUGUGGACCAAUCGUGGGACGGACCUGACUAUGAUCAUACGCAGGGAAAUAAUGAAGGUUUCUUUCUGCUGUUGAAUGGAUCCAGGUCCAGUGCUGAAGGUAAAGCAGUCAUCUCUGUUCCUGUGGCGAAAGCCAACUCUGAAAUCUGUGUUGGAUUCUGGUAUUACAUGCUCGGACCUUCUGUGUCCACCCUGGAUCUGAGCGUUCAGAUGGAAACCUCCAAACUGUUGGUCUGGACUCGAAGGGCGACACAGAAUCCAGAGUGGAUGAACGCACAAGUUACCAUCAGUGGGAAUGAUGUCAUGCGGAUAAUGUUCACUGGCCAUAGAAAAAAUAAGAGCCAAGGAUUUAUCGCCAUCGAUGAUGUCACAGUGAGGGAGGGAGCCUGCCAUACCCAGAAUGUUUGUGGGUUUGAGUCCAACCUUUGUGACUUUCAAAACGAUGUUAAUCAUCUGGGUCACUGGGACCGGAAAAGAGGAACCAACCAUCAGGUGGAUCACUCUUACGGAACUGAACAUGGAUUCUAUUUGACCGCAAUGACAACAAAUAGUACAAACCCUAAGAAGGCUCAGCUGCUCACACCAGAGAUCACGUCAGAUACAGAGAUGUGUGUGCGUUUCUGGUACUGGUUGCCUUCAAGCCCCUCUAAUGAACUAGUGAUUUAUGUGAUGAGGAGUGGGUCAGUAGGUGAUGCCCUUUGGCAAAGCUCUGGAGUGCCGUCCACAGACUGGGAGGUAGCAGAGGUCACUGUGUCCUCGCCAGGGAAAUUCCAUGUGGUAUUUUCAACUACCCAUGUACCGGGCAGUACCACUACAGUAAAACUAGACGAUAUUUCAGUGAGCACUGGGGCUUGUCAUCCUCCAGUUAGCUGCGACUUUGAGUCUGGGCAAUGCAACUGGAUCAAUAUCCCCAGAGAAGAUGGGCAUGACUGGUUCCCGGCUAAUGGUGGCUUUCAUGGUCCUUCGACAGACCACACCACUCAGACCCCAGAAGGUAAUUUUCUGCUGAGCUCAUCACCUCACCUGGACAACAGCAGUCUAGCACAAGUGGUGUCGGAGUGGAUUUAUCCCAAAGACACGGCUUACUGUGUCAGUUUGUGGUACUACACAGACAGCAGUGAAUCUGGGACGUUGCGAGUGUAUGUGCAGUUUAAUCGAAGCAGAGCCGACCGGGAAUUGAUUUUUCACGCCAACAGCAGUCUGCAGAGGUGGAGCAGGUUCUCUCAGACCGUGAACAUAACCAAACCUUUUCAGCUGCUGAUCGAGGGAGAAGCUUCCGGUGGAGGAUUCACUGCCAUUGAUGAUGUCAUCGUCACACCAGGGCAGUGUAAAGUCAAUGAAACAAGUUCAGGACUUGAGGGCUGCACAUUUGAAACUGGCACAUGUCACUGGGAGGACAAGAGUGUCGGCCAGUCCCAGUGGGUGAGAGGAAGAAAUGCUACAGGGAACACUGGACCACCUGUGGACCACACACUUGGCACUGAUCUGGGUUGGUACAUGGCUGUGGAGCCUGAUACAGGAGACCAGAUUACACCUGCGGCCCUACAGGGUCCCAUGAUGUCACACGCUAGCACCACCUGCACUUUACACUUCUACUACAACAUGUAUGGAGAAGACCAUAAAGAGCUGAGCCUGUUGGUUGAAAGAGGCUCUAGGUCCACAGCUCUGUGGUGGCGCUCAGGUGGCCACGGAAACCUGUGGCAACACGGUGAAGUAGUGGUUGGGAGAAUUCCUCAGGACUUCAACUUCCUGUUUUCAGCUUCCAGAACAUUCAAUAAGCCUGGACACCUGGCCAUUGAUGACAUAAGCUUUACAAACUGCAGUCUUCCUGAGCCACAACCUCAGUGUCCAGAGAAUAUGUUCACGUGCAACAACAGUGCGUGUGUAGAGCACAAUCAAGUGUGUGACUUCAGUGAUGACUGUGGCGAUUGGUCUGAUGAGAGACACUGUGAGCGUCACGGUGUAGUGGAACGCUGCAGUUUCGAACGAGGCCUGUGUUCCUGGGCGGAGAGUGAAGGGGACAAACCUGGAGAUGAGUGGAAGGUGCACGCAGGCCAGGAGGCGUGGCCCAACCUAGGGCCUCCACGGGAUCACACACACAAUUUUGCUGCAGGUUCCUAUAUUGUACCAGGGACUCACCUCAGCACCAAGGGCGAGACAUCAGAGAUUGUCUCUAAGACUUUACUACCCAGUUUGAACUGCACUAUGAGAUUCUUCUACUUCAGUCUGAACGACACGGCUGCAGCUGGACUGUCAGCCCUGUCGAGGACAUGGUCGUCUGGAAGUGGAGACGCAGCCCUGUGGCUGCAGGAGAAGUCGCAGAGCUACAGUUGGCAGAGAGCAGAAGUCACGUUCUCAUCGUCAUCCAACAGCAAGAUCGUCUUCAGAUAUGAACUGGGUGAUGGAAAGCAAGGGACGAUUGCACUGGACGACAUUUCGUUCUCCAAAGAGUGUGUGUUUGAUGCUGACAACAACCAGCUCCCAGACCCACCGCCAACCUCAACACCACCUACAACAGCGGUCACACCCUGUCAGGAAAAUGAGUUUUUCUGUUGGGCAUCUGCCGGAAAAGAGUGUAUUCUUUCCAGCAAGCGGUGUGAUUAUCAUACAGACUGUUCUCAGGGGGAGGAUGAGGACGGCUGUGGUCCAUGCACAUUUGAGAAAGAUCAGUGCCAGUGGAGUGACACCAGUGAAGGACAGAUCAAGUGGCAGCGACAGAAAGCCAGUAUCACCAGCGUGCCACCCACUGAUCACACUACACAAACAGGCUUUUACAUGAAAGUGAAUAUCAGUCAGAGAACCGCAGAGACGGAGGCUCGGCUCCAGAGUCCCCCGCUCCCUCCUUCGUCCCCCUACUGCCAGAUUCUGUUUCACUUCCACAUCAGUGCAGAGAGUACUGGGUCACUCAGAGUGCUUAUGCAGCAAGCUGGAGGCAGUGAAGCAAUCCUGUGGUCACACAGUCACAAAACUGUCUCCAAUUGGACUACAGAGUCUCUGUUCUUAGGCCUGCACCAUCAGCCUUAUAAGAUUUUGUUUAGUGCAGCCCAGGGUGCCACAGAAACGGCACCUGGUAUAUUUGCAGUGGAUGAUAUCGCUUUUGUAAACUGUAACCAAUCCUAUCAACCACCAGCUCUCUCUGCAUAUGACUGUUCAUUUGAAGAAGGUCUGUGUGUUUGGAUGCAAGGGGCUGAAGAUGAGUUGGACUGGUUCCUAAUGUCAGGUCCCACUGAAACCCCCAACACUGGACCAGCAGGAGACCACACAACCAGCAAAGGAAGGUACCUUUACGUCGACAGUUUUCUUCCACAUACUAAGGGCAAAAUGGCCCAACUAAAGUCUUUGCUGCUGCCACCUGCUGGAGAAGAGGGAUACUGUUUUACACUACGUUACCACAUGUUUGGUGCCACAGUGGGCUCCUUGAAGAUGUUUCUGCAGACAGCUAAUCCAUUAAAGAAAACACUGGUGUGGCAAAAAUCAGGAAAUCAAGAGGACGAGUGGCUGUUGAUGCAGAGUCAUGUGACACUACAGCAAGUCCACCAAGUGGUUCUAGAGGCUUCUGUCGGAGGACGGGCAGGAGACAUUGCCAUUGAUGACAUUGGGGUCAGCAGCGGGCCCUGUCCUAAAUCUGAUCUGUGUGACUUUGAGGAGGGGACUUGUGACUGGCAGCAGCACACCAACGAUGACUAUGACUGGGUCAGGAAGUCUGGCUCCAUGAACAACCCCAACACAGGUCCAGAUGCAGACCACACUACUGACACAUCUGUUGGUCACUAUUACUACCUGCCGUCUUCUGCUGCUGACCAUGCCCACCAGACGGCUGCAAUGUCUUCACCUCUAUAUCCUGCAGGGAAAGGAGCGUGUGUACAACUGUGGUACCACCUGUAUGGCCAAGGCGUGGGGACGCUGAAUGUUUACCAGCAGAGUGAGGGAGGACAGGCAGCUUUGAUUCUCUCUCAGACAGGAGACCACGGCAGGAUGUGGAGGUUCACUCAGGCUUCACUUCUGCCUCGAGAACAGCCGUACAAGAUUGUGGUGGAAGGUGUGAAACUUGGCCCCACCCAGGAGGGAGACAUGGCUUUUGAUGAUGUACAGCUGACGGAGGAUCGGUGUCCUGCUCCAGAAUUUUGUGACUUUGAAAUCAACAUGUGUAGCUGGAGCAACCUGGGUGACGGAGUGGAUCAAGGAGACUGGCUCCGUGGCUCAGGAGGCUCCUCCCACCCCCACACGGGGCCUAGUUUUGAUCACACCACCAAUACGACACACGGACACUAUCUUUAUGUGGACUGCACAGUGGGUGAGUGGGGAGAUCGGUCCUUUUUGGUUAGUGAAGUGUUCCAGUGGUCCACCGGAGGGCACUGUUUGACGUUUUGGUACCACAUGAAAGGCGACCAUGUUGGGACUCUCAGAGUUUACAUAAAUGACCGAAAAAUGCAAAAUGGGGGAAAUGAAGAAGGCAUUCUGAAGUGGACUGAGACAGGAAACAAGGGAGACCAGUGGAAGAUGGCCAAUGUCUAUUUUAAACACGAAGAAGCAUUCUGGUUUGUGUUUGUAUAUCAGAGGGGCAGCAAUCCAAGCGGGGAUGUUGCUCUGGAUGAUAUUAGAAUUUCUCCUGGCAGCUGCAGCUUCGAGCCUCCUAUCAACCCUCCUUCCAAUGGACAUGAUACUGUGUCCAUAGUUCUCGCAGUAAUUUUUACCCUGCUGGCCGGUUUUGUCUUCUGCUUCCUACUCUUUUUUCUAAACAAGAAAUGGAGGGCAAAGAGAAAUGAAAACAGAAGUGGGAUUGAUGAAAACUCAGUGAUCGACCUUAACUGUCAAACCAAUAGCACAGAAGAACAUCAAAAUGACUUUUCUUUUGACAACCAAUUGUAUGACCAGUCGCCAACAUUUAGUCAUUCUGAUGCCUGAAAUGUCCAGAAGUUGUUAUUGUUAUUGCUGUCAGUAUUGCCAUUAUUCUUGUUGUUGUUAUAGCUUGAUCAAGAGCAACAAUAAUAGUGGUUAGAAUUUAGCUAGAUAAGACGUUUGGCUCUCGUUAACAAAAACUAUUAUUAGUAAUAUGUGCUGUACACGUUAAAAAAUUAAAUGUUUGUAGGGGUUUAUGGUACUCAAGUCAGGUCUUGAUACAUUUUCUGUACAAAAUGAAAAGCAACAAUUAUUUUUAUUAUUUAAGUUAGUACAUUCAGGCACUUUUAAGUCAUUGUGAUGGUUUGGGGCUGCAUUUCAAACUGCGGUCUGUCAUCUUUGCCCAUGCUAGCUCUCCUGUGUUUCUUCCUCCUGAAGGGUGCCGCAUGUAUCAGGCCCUCUUGUGUAAAUACGGUAUUGACACCUCCUUGACACAUGAUUAUUUAGUCGGUCUAUUUCCUGUGCAUUAUUACUGUAGGUCUGUCAUUAAAGCUUAGUGCAACU